AUGGCUGAGAAUGACGAACCUGUACAAAUCAUAAGCCCACUUGACUUGCCGCAGUUAUACUCCCGUCCUAGCGCUGAAGAGCUUUUCAAAAUCCUUGGACAGUUUUCUCGGGCAUCUCAGCAAACCAAUUUCUCCGGACCAACGCCGGCCGAUGAAGACGACGGUACUGAAGGUUUGUGUGCAGCUCCGGGAACUGGGUUCUUUGACUGGUUGACUGGGCUCGUAGCAUCUCCACUACAAUGGAUCGAUGACUCUAAUUUGCGGGAAGAGAUCUGGGACCAGGCUAGCACGCUCAUGGCUGAACGGUGCGGACGUACAGCGGCGCCCACAAUCACGCGGAGAAUUCAGAUUGAUGGUAUGCGGGAAGCACUUAUCAAACUUGGCAAGAUCUCAGACACUGAAAAAAAUACAGAUGUGGAUAUCCAGCUCAUUGAGCCGAGUCUAACAGAAGACCUGCUUGGACUCAAAACUUGGGGGUCAUCUUAUAUCCUUGCACGACGACUUGUUCGCGAUGCACUUCUCCCUCAAUCUAAACUAAAACUUGCAGGUCCAGCCCUCGAACUAGGUACCGGUACUGGGCUUGUAGGUCUUGUAGCUGCACGUCUUGGACUGCCUGUUACGCUUACCGAUUUGCCAGAAAUCAUGCCCAAUCUUCGUGCCAACAUUGACCAAAACAUGCUUUCAGGAAUAAUAUUGUCCCCCACAGAUCCCAGUUUCUCGCCUCCUGCACAACCCCUCGACUGGUCGGAUCCUUCUGAGUUUUUACAGACACACAAGCCACAGUCUUUCAAAACAGUUCUUGUAUCAGAUCCCAUCUACUCGCCACAACACCCAGCCAUGGUGGUGCGUACCAUUGCCGCGUUUCUUUCGAGAGAACCUGGCUCCAAACUAGUUCUUCAGCUGCCGCUACGCCGCGGGUUCGACGAUCUGCGUACAGACUUGUAUGGAUUGCUGGUUAAGGCAGGAUUGUGUCGGAUUGAGUAUGAGGAGGAAGAGGGAUAUGAUGACUUUGGUGCAGGGAAGUUUGCGUACUCUUUAUGGGAAUGGGCCGAUGCUCAUGAAAAGCAGUAA